AUGAUGUGGCUGUUUUUUACAACAACAUGUUUGACUUGUGGAAUUUUAAAUGCUGACAGAUUCUUUAAUUUGGAAAAUGAAGCGAAUCCUGAGGUGUGGAUGAAUAUUAGUGAAAUAAUCACCUACAAUGGUUACCCCAGUGAAGAAUAUGAAGUCACCACUCAAGAUGGGUACAUACUGAGCGUCAACAGAAUUCCCUAUGGGCGAAGAGAUGCUAGGAGCACAGGUGCUCGGCCAGUUGUGUAUAUGCAGCAUGCCCUCUUUGCAGACAAUGCCUCCUGGCUUGAGAAUUAUGCCAAUGGCAGCCUUGGAUUCCUUCUAGCAGAUGCCGGUUAUGAUGUCUGGAUGGGGAACAGUAGGGGAAACACUUGGUCAAGAAGACACAAAACACUCUCAGUGACUGAAGAGGAAUUCUGGGCCUUUAGUUUUGAUGAAAUGGCCAAAUAUGAUCUCCCAGGAAUAAUAGACUUCAUUGUAAACAAAACUGGUCAAGAGAAGCUGUAUUUUGUUGGACAUUCACUUGGCACUACAAUAGGGUUUAUAGCCUUUUCUACCAUGCCUGAAGUGGCACAAAGAAUCAAAAUGAAUUUUGCCUUGGGUCCUGUGCUCUCAUUCAAAUAUCCCACGGGCAUUUUUACCAGUUUUUUUCUACUUCCAAGUUCUGCAAUCAAGAAAUUUUUUGGUACCAAAGGUUUUUUUUUAGAAAAUAAGACAGGGACGCCACCUUCUGUCAAAGUCUGCGACAACAAAAUAUUAUGGGUGCUAUGUAGUGAAAUUAUGUCCUUAUGGGCUGGAUUCAACAAGAAAAAUAUGAAUAUGAGUCGAAUGGACGUGUAUAUGUCACAUGCUCCCACAGGAUCGUCAAUACAGAACAUACUGCAUAUAAAACAGCUUUACCGAUCUGAUGAAUUCAGAGCUUAUGACUGGGGAAAUAAAACUGAGAACAUGCGUCACUACAACCAGAGUCGUCCCCCACUAUACGACUUGACUGCCAUGACAGUGCCUACUGCAAUGUGGGUUGGUGGAAAUGAUGUCCUUGUAACAAUCCAGGAUGUGGCCAGGAUACUCCCCCAAAUCAGAAAUCUCCAUUACUUCAAGCUGUUGCCAGAUUGGAACCACUUCGAUUUCAUCUGGGGCCUCGAUGCUGCUGAACGGGUGUACAGUAAAAUCAUAGAUUUGAUGAACGCAUAUUCCUAA